AUGGCUGCCGUCACUGCACUGUCAGUUCGAGCAGUUUCAACGCCCACACAGGGAGCGUUGAAAUCCAGCUUUCUCUCGGGAGAGGGUUCGUCGCCGUGCCAGCUAGCCACCGGCGGUUUCGCCAAGCGGUCGCUGCUGGCGGCGGCUUCCGCCUCCCCCUCCGCGCGCCUGCACCGCCGCGUGGUCGCCGCCUCCGCCGCCACACAAUCAGCCGCCGCUGCUGUCGCAGCCCCGGCUGUCCAGAAGCAGCGAAUCCGCAUCAAGCUCAAGUCGUACCAGGUGCCUCAACUGGAGGCGGCUUCCGAGCAGAUUCUCGAAGUGGCGAAGGAGACGGGAGCAGGCAUCAUGGGCCCGGUGCGUCUGCCAACGCACAUCCGCAAGUACUGUGUUCUGCGCAGCCCUCACGUGGACAAGGACUCGCGGGAGCACUUUGAGAUUCGCACGCACAAGAGGUUGAUUGAUCUGGAGAACCCCACUGCGACCACCAUUGAUGCUCUGAUGCAGCUGGAGCUGCCGUAUGGUGUGGAGGUUGAUGUGAAGCUGUCACGGGAUGUCCUGGAUCAGAAACUGAGUCGCAAGAUUGUGCACAUCACCACAGGGCUGCUCUUCAUGCUCUCCUGGCCUCUCUUCAGCUCCAACCCAGCAGCAAGGUUCCUCGCUGUUGCCGUUCCAGUGGCGAACGCUAUCCGGAUACUGCUGUUGGGAAUGGGUAUCACGACGAACGAGGGAGUGGUGAAGUCUAUCAGCAGAGAAGGCAGCGCCAGCGAGCUGCUUCGGGGGCCUCUGUACUAUGUGCUCACCAUCGUUUUAGUCACAACCAUCUUCUGGCGCAGCUCCCCCGUUGGAGGCAUAGCGCUGGUGCUCAUGUGUGCUGGGGACGGAAUGGCUGACAUUGUUGGUAGACGAGUGGGUUCCGCGAAGCUUCCCUGGAACAGUCGUAAGAGCUGGGCUGGGAGCGUUGCCAUGCUGCUGUGCGGCUCCUUGUUCUCAAUAACGUUUCUCUUUAUAUUUUGCUCGUUUGGGUUCUUUCACACCCAGUGGUGGUCUGCUGAUAUCUGCUUCAGAAUCUUCCUCGUAGCUGCAGGAGCGACGUUCAUGGAAUCCUGUCCCAUAAGCGAGAAGCUAGAUGACAAUUUCACGGUUCCUUUCUCGGCUGUGCUGCUGGGGCGCUUGUUGCUUCCAAUGGUGUGA